UCUCGCUUCGCGACCGGUCACUGACAGUUUUACGUAAUCACUCGGCGCGUUCGAGCGAUGAACCAGAUAAACGCACGGCACAACCAGAGACACGGAACGGUUCGCGUUUCCCCGACAUUUUAUGUCAUGAAAAUGUGUGUUUCGUGGUCGAACCGUUGUCACCACGAUUAUCGACAUCACGCAAAUUAUUCGCGCGAGCUCGGAUAGAAGAGACGCGUGAUAUCGGCGAGACGCAGAGCUGAUAUUAAUAUUCGCAAAAUCGUCACGUGGAUUACUUGUUGCUCAUUUUUAUCUGAUAUGCUUGUGAAACCUCGAUAACAAGAAAGAAUGCACUAUGAGGAGCGCAGAGAGGAGGGACUGGUGUCAAUUGAUGACAGAGUCAUCAAUAAAGAGCUCAGAUAAUUCAAUGUGAUCGCUUAUAAGCUACAAAACCGAUAAAGUUAAUUUUGUGUCGUCACAUUGCGCAAGGUCAACUACAUUAUAAGACAAUUAGAAAUAAAAAUAUAAACCGCAUGUGAAAGUAAUUUUGUAAAAAUAUUCAGCAUCUGUUACUUGAAUCUCGAUGCGCACAAAUAUGAAUUUUAUUAAAAAGACACCGUGUGUAAUGUUGAGUAAAAAACAAUUAGUUGUUCGAAUUAAAGAUAAUUUGAUAUUUACAUGUAAUAUUAUUUUUCCUUUCUCAGUGCUUUGUAUGUGCUGAAAUGUGAUAUGCGGAAUUAAGGAAUUUAAUCAUUUUUACACGACAAAUAAAAAUGUUGCAGGAAUUUCCAAAUUAAAAAGAAUAUUUCUCUUUUUUUAAAACAAUUACUCAACAUAUUUUACUACUAUUUAUGAAAUCAAUGUUUUAUUUCAAUAAGAGAAAAUAUAUGUGCUUUACUUUAUGUCUUUUCGACUUGAAAAUAAUAUUUCUAGAACAUAGCCUUAAAUUAAGAUUUCUUAUUUCAGUCCAUAAAUCUAAAAUAUUUAAAUAAUACAUAUUAAUUUAAAUCUUCUUUUACACAAUAUAUAGUUAUAUCGAUUUGUUAUUUCAGACAAAAUGGAGCAAAUAAAUACCUUAGGCUGGAUCGACUAUCUGGUUAUAGCGGUGAUGCUGUGCAUAAGUGCAGGAAUUGGAAUCUAUUACAGAUUUAGUGGAGGUCGACAAAAAACUACGGAGGAAUACUUCGUCGCAAGUCGAUCAAUGAGCAUCAUGCCAGUUGCAAUUGCCUUGGUGGUUUCCUUCAUGUCUGCCAUUACGCUGCUCGGUGUUUCCGCAGAGAAUUAUACAUAUGGAACACAAUUUGUUGUAAUAAACCUAUCGUAUCUGUUGGGCACUCCUAUUGUAUGUUAUGGAUUUCUACCAGUAUUCUACAAGCUACAGGCGACAAGCGCCUAUGAGUACUUAGAAAAACGUUUUGGAGUAAGAAUUAGGAUGAUGGCCAGUUUUAUUUAUUGGAUUCAACUGCUUUUGUACUCAGGAGUGGUGCUUUAUGCUCCUUCUUUGGCCUUGGAAGCGACCACUGGAAUGUCCAAGACUGCCAGUAUCAUAAUUAUUGGCCUUGUAUGUGCCUUCUAUUCGAGUAUAGGCGGCAUUAAGGCUGUGCUAAUAACCGACGUAUUCCAAGGUUUCCUUAUGUUUGCCGCCGUAUUCAUGAUUAUUGGCACAGCCGCGUAUGAUGUCGGGGGGUUGGGGCAGAUCUGGGAAAUUGCGAAGCAAGGACAACGACUUGAGUUUGAUAGAAUUGAUUUGGAUCCAACAGUAAGACAUACCUGGUGGUCUCUUACUCUGGGUGGUUUAUGUACAUUUUUAUCACUUUACGGAGUGAACCAAGUGCAAAUACAACGUACGCUGACUGUGAAAAAUUUGCAAGGUUCGCGAAGAGCCAUGUGGUUGUCGUGGCCCAUUCUGUCAGUUCUCUCGAUCACAACUUGCUUCUCAGGAUUGGCGAUAUAUAGUAAAUACCAUAAUUGCGAUCCAUUCCUUCAGAAAAGGAUUACUUCGCCUGAUAUGCUUAUGCCAUUGUACGUUAUGGACACGUUGUCCAAUAUACCUGGAUUACCAGGCAUCUUUGUCGCAGGUAUUUUUAGCGCAGGUCUGAGCACGAUUUCAGCUGCGUUAAAUUCUCUGGCUGCAGUGACGUUGGAGGAUUAUGUGAAACCUAUAUGGAAAAAAUGUAUCGGGCGUGAGUUCUCUCCGACAAAGUCAGCCUCCGUCGCAAAAGUACUCGCUCUUAUGUUCGGUAUUAUUUCCAUAGCCCUGGCAUUUUUAGCGCAAUUAAUGGGCGGACUACUUCAGGCUUCCUUAACUAUUUUCGGAGUAGUCGGCGGUCCGUUGUUAGCCGUUUUCACUCUUGGCAUGGGCACGGAAUCGGCGACGGAAGGUGGUGCAAUAGCUGGUGCACUUACAGCGUUUUCAUUUUUAUUCUGGAUUGUCUUUGGUCAGCCACGUCCGAUGCCACCUAAAUUGCCGACUACUAUUGAAGGCUGUGAUAAUAAUGUUGCAAAUAUAACGAUGUCCAUUUUGCAAAACGUCACGAGCUUAUCCAAAAGCACCGGUGACAGCUCAUACUUUUAUUUAUAUCGCAUUUCGUACAUGUGGUAUUCUCCCCUCGGAUUUUUAAUAACAUUCGUACUAGGUUUGCUUGUCAGCAAUCUUUCUCGUUUGUUUAUGAAGAAUCCAAAUGAUGAAGUAGACGCUAACUUAUUCUUUCCUGUGAUAGCACGGCGUAUACGUUAUAGGCGACGUAACGACAUAGAAAAUGAAGGAAGUUCUCCGUUAGACAGAAAAUAUUCUCUUAACGAAAUUAUUCACGGGAAAGACGAUGCUUCCAAUAAAAUUUGUACAAAACUCUAAUAGUUUCAUGAUCUAGUUAAAUUUAUUUGUCUAAUAAUUUAAUUGUAAUCUUAGGUGUUAGACAUUCCGUACUUACAGUCAAAAGAAAUGUUUGGACGUUGUGUUUGGACUUAAAGGGAAAGAAAAUAAAAGUAUUUUUAUCAUCUCUUAGGACCUAAAUAAAAUUUUGGGGAAAUUGGCGAUUAACAAAUUUUAUAUAUUACUUAGAACAAGCUAUGUGUAUUUAUAAGAAUUUAGAAGACAUUUUUGCACAGGCACAUACAACAAUUUGUUUAUAGUAUUAUUUUUCUAGAUUGUUUUAUUCUAAUAAGUAAUGUUAAACAAUUGUAUGUAUGUUGAAUUGCAACAUAAAUGUUACGUCUUCCAUAAUUUGGGACUGCCAGUUUGUAUACCGUAGAAAUGGAAAUCUCUCGCAAAUAGAAUGAUAUUUGAAAUAGCUGUGCGUGCUUUCUGCAAAACUUUUACAGUAAAACAUAUCUCUGUGAACAUAAUAAUUUCAGUUCCUGUUAUAUGUAUAAGUUUCGUAGAUAUACUCGAAAGAAAUCUACCUCUUAGGGAAUCUUGACAAUAUUUAGCAACGUAAGAAGAUAGAAAGUCAAAAUUAAGACAUUUUAUUUGUAGUGGAUGUAAUAAUUUUGUAAUAAGGAGUAAUAAUUUUACGAUAUAGAAUCGAAAUAAGUUAUGUACUUUAUAUGCGGUUGUUCAAACAUUUUUUUGUUCAUAUCUUGAGCCAAAUACAUUUGUCCAAUUCAGAAGACUUAAGUCUUCUAAAUAAUCUUAAAAUAAAAAAAUAUUUUUAUAAACUAGUAAUUACUAUUUUAUAGAAUAGUUUAAUCGCGAUAGCGGUAUUUGUAAAUUUUUUUCUAGUAUUGUUUAACGUUUUAUAAUAUAGAACUUGAAUAUAAUUAUGUGAAAAACGUAUAUAUACAACUGUUUCCAAGUUUUAAAAUUCUGAUUAAAAGUGUAUCUAGACAAUGUUACGACCAUAUUUUAUAUUAAAUAUUUGAUAAUAUUUAGUAUAAAAUUUUAUAGCAGCGUAUAGUAAUGAUGUUUUUAAAUUACUUAAAAGAAAAAAAAUUAUAUUUAACAGAGCAUGUAUUGAGAAUUCAGUAUUUGUAAAUAAAUAAUUUAUCUCGUGUUAAAAAUGCGAUUGUAUUUUUGUAAUUUUAUAUUAAAAUCUCUAAUAAAUGUUUGAAAGAAGA